GACGUCACGCAUAGCACAGGCCUGCCAUUAGUGUCAAAACGAAAAUCACCAAUAGUUCUUCUGGUCUGUGUUUUGGCAAAGCACAGCAAAAUGGGCAAAAUUAUGAAACAAGGUAAAGUCGUGUUGGUUCUUGCGGGCCGAUACGCAGGGCGCAAAGCUAUCGUAAUCAAAAAUAACGACGAUGGCACUUCUGAUAAGCAGUAUGGACAUGCCAUCGUAGCUGGGAUCGAUAGGUAUCCCAGAAAAGUUAACAAACGCAUGGGAAAAGGAAAGAUUCACAAGAGGUCCAAGAUUAAGCCAUUCGUAAAGAUUUUGAACUAUAACCAUUUGAUGCCCACUCGUUAUUCCGUGGACUUAACCAGCGACGUUAAAAUCACCCCCAAGGAUUUGAAAGAUCCCAUGAAGAGGAAGAAGGUUAGGUUCCAAACUCGUGUCAAGUUUGAAGAAAGAUACAAGUCAGGGAAGAACAAGUGGUUCUUCCAAAAAUUAAGGUUCUAAUUAUAUUUUUAUUUUGAAUAAAUUCAUCUUAAAAACAAAAA